AUGAACGAUGCCAGGGUGUUUGAAGAAUCGACCAUGGGUAGCGACCCCAAUAACUUCUUCUCUGGUGACCAGUAUGUUUUAGCCGAUGCUAGUUACAUUCCCAAGACGUACGUUGUCCCUGUCAUAAAGAAGCCAAAAAACAAGGAAUUGUGUGAUGCGGACAAAGCGUUCAAUUCAUACAUAGCAAUGAUGAGGAUAAAAAUUGAGCAUGCAUUUGGGAUUCUCAAAGCAAGAUUCUGCUCUUUGAAGCGACUCCCAAUUAAGAUAAGAAGUCGAAAAGACAUGAACAUGGUCAAUUCUUGGAUCAGAGUUUGUGUCAUUCUCCAUAACUUUUUGAUCGACCAGACAGAUGACAUGAUGACAAUGACGAUGAAGAUUUCAUGGGAGAAAAGAGAAAAAGAAGAGAUCGAAAGGAUCAGCAGAGAAGGUGUGACUGGCACUGUAGAUGACUAUCCAGCAAUGUCAUUGUCAGAUGAGAAUGCUAAGCUCAAACGUAUCCGUAUCAAAGAAGAGAUACUCAUAAAAAACGGAGAUGGGAACCUUCUUAAAAAAAGUAAAAAAUAA